AUGUCUGAUAGUAAGAGAGUGAAAUUGGAUAAUACUGGUACUGAGACCGCAAUGGCUAAGAUAAUCUGUACGCAUUCUGGUUCUUUCCACGCAGAUGAAGCGCUGGCUGUAUACAUGCUGAAGCUACUACCAGAGUACAGUGAUGCCGAGGUUGUGCGCUCGAGAAACGCAGAAGACUGGGAAAGAAGCGAUAUUGUAGUCGAUGUCAGCGGUAAAUACGACGGUAAGAAGUUUUUCGAUCAUCACCAGAGGGAGUUUAUGGAGACGUUUAAUGCCGAUUUCAAAACCAAACUUUCGAGCGCCGGUCUUGUUUACAAGCACUUUGGCACUGAUAUCAUCAAGAGUAUCCUGCACGACGUGGCCCUGACUGAGGGGGACUUGCGAGUCUUGUAUGUAAAGGGAUACAAGCAGUUCAUCGAGUCCCUGGAUGCGAACGACAAUGGUAUCAGCAAGUACGACGUUGACGAGCUCAAUGUCAAGCCAAGAUUCUCAGACACUAACAUCUCCAUUCCUGGCGUCAUAUCCGCUUUCAAUCCGGCUUGGAACGGCGACUGCUCGGCUGCCAAAUUCGACGAACAGUUUUUCAAAGCUAGCGAUUUCAUAGGUAAAAUCUUCGUCAAUCUCAUCACCGGUUAUGGCAAGUCGUGGCUGCCAGCCAAAACUCUGGUCAGAGAUGCCAUAAAUGACAGACUGUCAGUCGACCCCUCAGGCAAGAUCGUCAUAUUAAGGCAGUUUUGCCCAUGGAAAGAACAUCUGUUCGAUGUUGAAAAGGAACUGGAUCUGCAAGGGCAGAUCCAGUUCGUCCUUUUCGAAGACAGUGCUGGUUCGUGGAGGGUUUCUACAGUUCCGGUCGUUGCUAAUUCUUACAAGUUCAGAAGAGGUCUACCAGAGCCUUUGAGGGGACUAAGAGACGACGUAUUAAGUGAAAAAGCUAAUAUUCCUGGCUGUGUCUUUAUCCAUGCCGCCGGAUUCAUAGGGGGCAACGCCAACGAGGCUGGUGCGCUCAAGAUGGCUCAGAUAUCGUUAUAG